UAUAUGUUUAUAUCUGUAUACACAUAUACACAUUGCAUCACAUAUAUUGUGCCGUCUAGCAAGUAGCGACAGUUUAGAAGUCAAUCGAAAUUGUUGAAGUGCGCACACAUAUGCGAUUAGAUUAGAAGGACUACUUUAAUUCAAUAUUUAUUCAUGAUUUUUGAUAAGCGGUAGAAGGUAUCUUUCAUUAUUCGUAGUUGAGUAUUUCGCGAAAGUGCAAAGUUACAGAUGAAAAUGGUAGAUAUUGCAACUAACCUUCAAGCUAUCCGCGACAAAAUUGUUGCUGCAUCGGCAAAAAGGGCUUUGGAAUAUAAAUAUUUUGAGCCGCAACUUGUUGCAGUAAGUAAAUUUCAUCCAGCUGAAGCAGUGAUAACUGCUUACGAGGCUGGACAAAAACAUUUCGGAGAAAAUUACGUAAACGAAUUAGCUGAUAAAGCCAAUAGUUCAGAUAUCCUAGAGAAAUGUAAAGAUAUUAGAUGGCAUUUUAUCGGACAUCUGCAAAAGAGCAAUGUCAAUAAACUUUUGAAAGUUGCCAACCUUCAUAUUGUUGAAACUGUUGAUUCUGAAAAAAUUGCAACAGCCCUGGAUAGCGCUUGGCCAAAGUUCAGGAAAAGUGAUGAUGCCAAGUUGAAGAUUAUGGUUCAAGUGAAUACCAGCAGGGAAGAAGCAAAAAGUGGAUGUGAAGUUGAAAAUGCAUCGUCUAUGGUGAAAUACAUUUUUGAAAAGUGUCCAAAUCUGGAAUUCACAGGAUUGAUGACAAUCGGUGAAUAUGGCUAUGAUGUGUCAAAAGGUCCAAAUCCAGAUUUUUUAGCUCUGAAGGAUGUGAAAGCAAAAGUUUGUGAGGAUUUAGGACUUGAUACUAAAAAAGUUGAGCUAUCAAUGGGAAUGUCAACUGAUUAUGAACAUGCAAUUGAAUUGGGCAGUUCAUUAGUUCGAGUAGGAACAGCUAUCUUUGGGGAAAGACCAAAAAAAGUUUAAUAUCAUCAAGAUAUUAGUAUUAUAUACUCUAAUUCAUUCAAGCCAAUAAAACAUACACAAGAGUAUAUACAAAUCAUGAAUUUAUUACAAAAAGUAUAAGCUUUGUAAUAAGCAGCUUGAUUUUUAUUUAACACUAAUUUCAACGAGAAACAACUACAUCAAAAGAAUAGUCAAAAGAACUGUAAAUAUAAUUUCUACUGACUGUAUGUACAAUAUUUUGAUUUUAUAAAGUCUAUUUUCGUUACAGAUCUA